GCACAUAUGUCAUCAUCCUUCCAUCGAAAUUUCUUGAGUAAUCAGGAACUAAACUAUGAAUAGCUUAGGUAAAUUAAAUAGUUUGAUUAACAAAUCGAUGCAUUUUGCAGGAUGCAGUCUUCAGCAAAUUCGUACCAAGUAUGCGGAUUGGAGAAUGAUACGUGAUGUUAAACGUCGCAAAUGUGUAAAAGAACAUGCCGUAGAACGAUUAAGAGUUAACGCUUUGCGCAAGAACGACAUAUUGCCUGCAGAGUUAAGAGAAGUUGCCGAUGUCGAAAUAGCCGCGUUUCCUCGGGACUCAUGCUUGGUACGUGUGCGUGAACGCUGUGCGUUAACCUCACGUUCCAGAGGUGUAGUGCAUAAAUAUCGUUUAAGUCGUAUUGUUUGGCGUCAUUUGGCAGACUAUAACAAACUUUCGGGCGUGCAAAGGGCAAUGUGGUAGAUAAGCAGUCAAAUUUAUUUUAAUUAAAACUAAAUAUAUAUAUAAAAUGAUUACUAUGAAA